AUGAACGAACAACUUCCUGUGACAAGCCCAGUAAUACCACAAGAUUCUAGGCGUGACCGUGUUCAUUUGAGAGUGGUGAACCCGGAUCGGAAUCUCACCUCCGUGUUCGUCUCGUUUGUUCUAACCAUUCAGGCAGAGAUGCGAACCGUUCAAUUUGAUGAGGGCAUUUUGAGGACUCUUGUUCAACUUCUGGACACUAAUAUCGAAAUGGAAGUUGGUGCAUUUCCAAAAUCAUGGGGAAUUUUCAUGCAAGAUCUCAUGAGA